CUUUCGAUACUAGUUAAUCGUGUCCGCUGUGUGCUCGUCUUAAACUCGAAAUAUAAAGUGAAAUAAUGUCUUAAUGGAGAAGAUGGAUCACAAAAGAACAGUAACAAAAGCCCUGCUUAUUCUCGCCGUUAGUGUUCACUUGUCAUCUGCAGAUGUUCAUUCUCUGAAGUACUUACACAUUGGACUGACACAGGGAACAAACUUCCCAAUGUACACUUCUGUUGGUCUUUUGGAUGGAGAAGAGUUUGUGUACUAUGACAGCAACAUCAGGAAAAGGAUCCCAAAGACAGAGUGGAUAGAGAAGAAUGAAGAUCCAGACUACUGGAACAGUGAAACACAAACACUGCAGGAUCAUGAGGAGUGGUUCAGAGUGAACAUGGCUACUCUAAUGAAACGCUUCAGUCAAACCGAUGGAACCCACACGUGGCAGUGGACGUACGGUUGUGAGCUGCAUGAUGAUGGGACUGUUAGAGGAUAUAACCAGUAUGGCUAUGAUGGAGAAGACUUCGUCACUCUGGAUCUGAAUACCCUCACCUGGACUGCAGCUAAGAGUGAAGCUCACAUUACAAAGCAGAAGAUGGAAGCUGACAGAUCUCACACUGAGUACCAAAAGUACUAUCUGGAGAACACGUGUAUUGACUACCUGAACAAGUACAUAGGCUUUCGCAACACUGCAUUGAAGAGCAAAGUUCCUCCAAAGGUGACCCUGUUUCGGAAGGACUCCUCUUCUCCAGUGGUGUGUCAUGCUACAGGUUUCUUCCCCAGAGAAGUGAUGAUUUCCUGGCAGAAGAAUGGAGAGGAUCUGCAUGAGAACGUGGAGUUCAGAGAGACGUCACCCAACGAGGAUGGAACCUUCCAGAAGAGAAUCAUUCUGACAGUCUCCUCUGAGGAUCUGAAAAAUAAUGACUACACCUGUGUAGUUCAGCACAGUGGACUGAAGAAGGACUUGGUGCUAAGAGUGGAUGAAUGCAGAGUCCUGAACACAGGCUGUCCUAAGGCCAAUCGUCGUAAAAGAAGCGCAGAUGAAGGAAGUAACUGUGCAGAAUCUGGUUCCCAUUCUCUGCAGUACUUCUACACUGCAGUCACACCAGGAAUCAAUUUCCCAGAGUUCACUGCUGUGGGUCUGGUGGAUGGAGAGCAGUUUGACUACUAUGACAGUAACAUCAGGAAGGAUAUUCCAAAGACAGAGUGGAUGGAGAAGAGUGUGGGUGCAGACUACUGGAGCAGACAGACUCAGACUGCACAGGGUGAUCAGGAGACCUUCAAAGUCAACAUUGGUACAUUAAUGGAACGCUUCAAUCAGACUAACGGGGUUCACACAAUGCAGCGGAUGUACGGCUGUGAGAUGGAUGAUGAUGGAACCAAGAGAGGAUAUGACCAACAUGGCUAUGAUGGAGAGGACUUCCUCAGUCUGGACCUGAACACUGCCACUUAUACUGCCCCAAAUUCUAAAGCUUUUAUUACUAAGCAAAAAUGGGAUGCUUUAAAAGUAGGUUCUCAAAAGAAGGCCUACCUGGAGAACACCUGUAUUGAGUGGUUACAGAAGUAUGUGGCUUAUGGCAGAGACACUCUGCAGAGGAAAGACCCUCCUGAGGUGACCCUGUUCCAGAAGGACUCCUCUUCUCCAGUGGUGUGUCAUGCUACAGGUUUCUUCCCCAGAGGAGUAGAGAUCUCCUGGCAGAAGAAUGGAGAGGACCUGCAUGAGAACGUGGAGCUCAGAGAGAGGUCACCCAACCAGGAUGGAACCUUCCAGAAGAGAAGCGUUCUGACAGUCUCACCUGAGGAGCUGGACAAGAAUGAGUACACCUGUGUAGUUCAGCACAGUGGACUGGAGAAGGACUUAGUGCUGAGAGUGGCUGAUCGCAGAGUCCUGAACACAGGCGGAGCUUUGGUUGGUGUCAUUGUUGGUAUACUUGUGGCUGUUCUUCUCCUGGUCCUCAUUGGUGUUGGAUUCUUCAUCUGGAGGAAGAGGAAUGAGAAGUCAUCUGACUUCAGACCUGUUGCACGCUCUGAUGGAGACUCAUCAUCCACCAGCUCAGAUGAAGGCCAACCAUCUAAAUGCUGAGAGGAGAGAUUGAAGAGAGAGAUGGUAGAAGAAUACAGAGGAGGGGAUGAUCUGAAGAGAUCAGUCAAACAGCACUUACAUUACACACACGUCUGCAGAUAUUGCCUUUCCUUCAGCUCUGUAGUUGUCCAAUCAUAAUCACUCCUGUCACAUGAGGGGAAACUUGGGUUUAAAAGUGCUGAUCAGAUUUUGUUUCUGAAACUGUAUCUGUGUAUAAAGGGAUUAAUGGAGAUUAUUACGAUUGUAUUUGAAUUCUGGUGGUUUGGUCGUUUCUCUCUGAGCACUGCUGUAAUGUUUUAUGUUUCAUACUCAGGACUGUUAUCCUGCUGUGGAGAAAGAAAGAUUCUUAAUAGGGAAACUCUUAGUGAUGGUACAAUGUCAGGCCUUUUAAAUAGUUUCUGGUUUCCAUAGCGUGAAAUUAUUAAACAUGCAGAAUACAAUUUAAUUAAGUCUUCUAUAUCUUUCUGUAAGUCUUCUGUAACUGUCUCGGGACAGUGAUUUUAUUUUAUUGAAGUUCAGCAGAGCUUUCUACAGCCAUCCUGAAAGUCAGAGUCUCACUUUAAUUUGAUUAGUUUCACUUCAAACCAUUUGGGCAUAUUGGGUUACCAUGGAGACUGAGGAGAAACAGUCUGCACAGUCUGUCAUUGUAAUUCAUGGUCAUUCCCAUAUACAGAACUGGAGCUUCUCAUCAGUAGUAGUGAACAGACCCACAGUUUAUCAAACAUCACUGAUUUAUUUAGCAUAGUUCAUCAGACAUCACUGAUUUAUUUAGCUAAAAGCUACAAGAGAAAAAUCUCAACAUGGUGGAGACACUGGACCAAAACCACAUGAUAUAAAACAGCUUCUGUGUUUCAGCAUGGUUAUGUAUGACACACUGUUUUCAUUUAUUAAUAACAUUCAGUUUCUCAGUGCCUUUUUCAUCUUUUGAUGGUAAUGUAUCGCUUUUGAAUUGAAAUUGGGUCAUUCAAAUUUCACUAACAGAUUUUACAAACCUAAAUCAAUUAAUGUAAUGAAGAGC